AUGAAGACCUUUGUAAAUAUUUUUCUGGGAUUUUUUAUCUUUGAGUCCAUUGGAGCUGUACCUAUCACUGACACUGUAACUUAUGAUUCUGAGCUCUAUGAUGUUUCACUUGGAGAAUUGCCUCACCCAUUUGUCUAUGUUGAAAACGUGCAGUCUGACCAAUUAGAGACAGAGAUUGGGACUGCAAUACCUUCUAUAAUUCAAGAGAGUUAUUCUUCUGCACCGUUGACAGAAGAACCUGAGGAAGAAGCAUCAACACCAAAAUUAAUUGACGGGUUUUCAGCACAAGGGUCUGGAGUUCUUGUGCCCCAAAAUCAAGAUGGCCAUCCCACGUGCCUUUUGUGUACGUGCCUAGGGACAACAGUCUACUGUGAUGAUCAUGAGCUGGAUGCUGUUCCACCACUGCCUAAAAAAACCACCUAUUUCUACUCACGCUACAACCGAAUCAGGAAGAUCAACAAAAACGACUUUGCUAACUUAAAUAACUUAAAAAGGAUUGAUUUGACUGCAAACCUAAUAGCAGAGAUCCAUGAAGAUGCUUUCCGGAGACUGCCCCAACUUCAGGAACUUGUGCUUCGUGACAACAGGAUAAGGCAGCUUCCCGAGCUGCCAUCUACCUUGACUUUCAUUGAUGUUAGUAACAACAGGCUUGGUCGCAAGGGAAUCCGCAAUGAGGCAUUUAAAGAUCUUCAUGAAUUACAGCAUCUUUACAUCACUGACAACAACCUGGAUCAUGUUCCAUUGCCACUCCCUGAAAGUCUCCAAGCUCUUCAUCUUCAGAACAACAACAUUCAAGAAAUGCACGAAGAUACUUUCUGCAAAAUGAGAGAUUUCACUUAUGUACGUAGGGCUCUUGAAGACAUCAGACUGGAUGGUAAUCCCAUCAACUUGAGCAAAACCCCUUAUGCAUAUAUGUGUCUACCCCGUUUGCCAGUUGGUAACCUCAUCUAA